AUGCUGGGCGCCGGGGGCGGGCCCGACCCGAGCAGCCUGCCGAUCAUCGGCGGCGGCGGGAGGCACGAGUUCAACAGGGCGAGAGGGGACGCGGCGCCGGGAACGCGGCGGCCCAGGGAAGAUGGCGCGCCGAUCUCAGGCAUUCGAGAGCAGUUCGCCCUGGCCUACUCCUCCUUCGCGAUGCCGCGCGCGGCCCCGCUGCUGGCGAAGGACUUGCCCGGGUCCGCCUUCGCCGGCCCGCCGCUGAGCGGUGCCUCUCCGCCCGAGGCCGAGCCCCCGGGGUUGGGGCUGCACGCGCCCUCGGACGCCGAGGUCCUCGCGAUGACCGGCGGCGGCGCCGCCGCCCCCCAAGAGGAGGCCGCUGCCGCCCACCAGGAGGCCGCCGCUUACCCCGAGGAGGCGGAGAAAGAACAACCGCUUGCUGCGAAGCAGCGUCAGGCCGCGAGAAGCACAAUAGACGCGCCGAGGGUCCCGUUAGUCCCUACCUGGCAGAGAGCCCGCGUGUGCGCGAUGGCCCACAUGCCAGGGGAUUGGUUCGAGAGGCAUUUCGGCUUCGAAGAGGACGGGGAAGCGAGCGUCAAGGACCACACAUAUGUUGAAAAUGGCAUACUUUACUCGCGCAAAAAUGGUCGUAAGUACGCCGUCGGGGAGUUCACCACCCCAAGUUUGGAGGAGCUCAGGAGCGAAGUCAGGGACAGGCUCCAGGACACAGCUGCUGUGGACGAAGCGAAGCUGAAGGGGACCACGGGCGUCAGGAAUGUAAUCGGGGACGUCGCCGAUUACCACUGCAAGGAGGAAAAUCGGUACGCUGUGUUUCAAGUGGCCUCCCAGUUGAAUUGCUUGGAAUUCAUAAGCUCAGACGUGACGCCUGAGAUGGGCAUCACACGCUACAUCCGUGACAGGACGCAGGGCCCUUGCUGCGCGAUAGCUUGCGCGGCGGGCACGCUUUACAGGAACUACCCAGCUGUCGUUCCCGCCGAGGGGCCCGUCUCGCUCAAAGCGGCGGUUGCUUCUAUCAUGGCCGAUACUUUCUUCUGUGCCACGUCCCGGGAGCUGGACAAGGUUACCCUGGAGAUCCGCCGGAUUGUCUCUGCAGCCAAAAGUUGGCCUGAGUAUCUUUGGCUCGUGUACAUCGGCCGCAAGACGUACUCUUUAGACGCCGUGUGCGCCCUGCUGGAAGGCCCUCACAGACUCAAGUACGAUCGUGGCUACACCAUCGACCCAGACGCCUUGGACCACCUGCUCGACAACACUAGCCUCGGUGACGGCAUCCUCCACGGUGAGAGCAAGAUCGAGCUCCGCAUGCGCAUCAUCGCCGUCCGGGACCUCCUGCACUCUCUGCCGCGAGGGUUCCUCGACGGGGCUCCCGACGACCUGGCACAGACUGCGCGCGUACUCCUGAAGACCUCCGAGAAGAAGCCCGGCACCCCCGUCACAUUCAGUAUGACGGAGACCGCGGCCCGCCAGUGGCCAAGCAUGACUACGACCGACCGUCUCUGGCAUUUCUUCAUGUCCAUCGGCGGGACGAGCCACUUCCACGCCUGGCAGAUGUGUCUCGACUGUCCUGACGUGAUUUGCGACGCCUCUCAGAUGCGAGCCGUGGGUCCCAGUUGCUACUCCUACCUCCGCCUCGCCUACCCGGCCGUGGAAUUCCCUGCAACAUGGAGCUCUGCCCAGGGCCAGGACCUCGGCGUUCGCCUGAUCGACCACCUCCGUACGCGCCCGGAACUCCAGGGCCUCGAGUUCCCAGGCCCCACGCUCAGCUUCAACAACACCGAGCACUGGACGUGCGAAUCCGUGAAGGCGACCAAGGCCUUGCACAACGACGGCCUCCUGAUCCGCGUGGGCGAGAUACGGCACGUCUUGCAGGGAGGCGCUCUGGCGGUGCCGGCCAGCGGCAAAUUUCGAACGCGCCGGUUCCGCACCGGCUUGGCCGCGCCAGACCCCUCCUCCAUGAGCGGCAGUUUGAUGUACGCGCCACGGACCACCAGCCACGCGCCGCUGAUGAAGAAGAGCGUCGUGGGGGAGCCGCCUGCGAAGCGCCAGGCCUCCCUGCUGGCUUUCGGCGCGGUGCCUCUGGACAAGCUGCGGGGGGCCGCGGCCCAGGGCCCCCACUGGGCGAAAUCCCACAUUAACUUGUCAAGUGGUUCGGAAUGUCGCGUCGGGGUCGGGAUCAGCCAGACGGCGGGGGCCCGGGCGGAGGCGGUCCGGAAGAUCCGGGACGACCCCCACAUCAAGGCCGCAGUUCAAAAGAAACUCAUGGAGAAGGCCCUGCCCGAUGCCAACGCGUUGCUGCCGCACGUGGACAGACUGAACCGCGGCCGCGGCCCAGAAGCUUCGACGAGGCGCAGCUGCGCCUUCCUCCAGGAGCUUCUCGGCGAGAGGCUCCCGGGGGAGGGGGCUUCUGGGCGGCCGCGGUCGCCCCGCCGCGCUGGCUCCGCGGCGCUUGAACGCGCCGCGGAGCGACCGCGCGACGGGGCGGCAAUAGCCGCUGGGAAACCCAGGGGGCCAUGUCCAGCCUCCACGGGGCGGCCCCUGGGGAAGGGCACGGGGGCGGCUCUCAACCCGAAAGGGUCGAGGUCGCGCCCGCACCUUUUCGCGAAGGACAGUAACGACGCCAUGCCCGGCGACAGGUUCAAGGUUCGCACGUUGCCCUGCCUACGGGCGCAGAUGGCGAACAUGUAUUCGCACACGCCCGAACCUGACGAGGGCGUGGUGGCGGACUACGUCCCCGUCACCGACAGAAACAAUAUCAUCAGAAAUGGGCAGACAGCCACUUGUCAGAUCGAGUGCCUUCGAGACAUAGCCGCCGAGCUCGAGAACAACAGGCACGGCUACCUGCGGGUGAAGGGUGGGUACACGCUGGCGACAAAUCAGGGGCUCGCCGACUUGAAUAAGAGGCUCAUCGAAGGAUUAGACGAGGAGGGGAAGGACCGGCUGCGCGGGAAGCUCCGGAUCGGUGUGCAGCGCAACGUCGAGGUCACCAGCCGGUCGUGGGGAGGGCAGAUGGUGAACGACCCUGACCAGCUGGUGACGCAGGUCUUCGGGUCUGCGUGUUCUGUGUCGUAUUCGGGCAACCACGUGGACCUCUGGGAGCCCAUGGCGAGGCUCGUCCUCGAGGCAUCCUACGAGGCCACCCUGUGGGUGGCGGUCCUCUCCGCGCUGCGCAGCCCCGGCCGUGAGGCGUCUCGCUGUGUCUUCCUGACAGCUCUGGGAGGAGGUUCGUUCGGAAAUCGCAUGGAGUGGGUGCAGCACGCCAUACAGCGUGCCAUUUAUAUUGUCUGCGGACAGAACAACCUGGCACUGCAGAUAAAUCUGGUGUCGUACCAGCAGCCCGUGGAGCGGGCCUUCGACAGUUUGGUGAGGGCGAACGGUUUGGAGCAGUGCGAGAUUGGCGUGGCUACGCUGGUGGGCAAGACCAUGCCCCACAGCCUGGUGACGGGCAAGACGGAGGGUCCAGCACAGGCACUGGUGGUGUGCGUGGGGGGGUGGCAGUGCCUCAACACGUACGGGCCGCCCACCGCUGCUGGGAGGAGGGCGCUCUUGGACACGGCCAACGCGGUGUUUGUGCAGUGCGGCGGGCGCAGGCUGCCGUGGUUCUGGGGCGGCGACUUCAACGAUGAACCUGCCGAGUCUGCCUGUGAGGCGGUGGUCGUGCACAACGGCGGGGUGGUGUUGCCAGGGUGCGAAGACGGCACGCGGUGGCGUGGACGACGAAAGGUGGAUUGGUUCGCCACCAAUGCGCGGGAGUGCGUUGACGACAUGCGAGCGCUGCCGCUGGUGACGUCAGAUCACAUGGUGCUGAGCACGGCCCUCCGGACACAGAUCCGGGUGGACAGGCGCAUCGGCAAGUUGCGGGUGACGCCCUCUUGGAAGAAACCAAAGGGGGUGGAUGCCGACAGCUCUGGAGAGGAGAACCAGGACACUUUCCAGGUAAGAAAGGCGAGGAGGUGGCUCGCCAGGGCGAAGGAGGCUCUCAGGCAACGCGCCGCGGUCGGCGACGCCUGGGGCAGCACAGAGGAGCAGCGCCAGCUCUGGCGGAGGGUGCAGCGCGGGCCGGGCAAAGGCAGCCUGAGGGAGCUGGAGAACCGCAUUCACAAGGCGGAGGCGGCCCUGCAGGCGGUCGAGGAGGCCCAGCGGCAGGACCGGCUUCAGGAAUGGCGGGACCGCAUGCGCGGCGGCAUCCAGGAGGUGUCGGCGUGGCUCCGCGGCCAGAAGGAAAUGGCGACGACGCCCACAAUCACAUGGCGAGGAACGCCAAGGGAGACUCUGGAAGAGGUUACAGAGGCGAUUCGCCAGCACUGGCAGGAGGUGUGGGCACCGCAGGCCGCAUCAGGAGCCGAGCAGCGGAGGCGUGAGGCGAUCGACCUCAUGGCGGCGGAGUAUGAGAGGGACCCCCAUGCGGUGGAGUGGCGCGACCCCACGCAGCAGGAGGUGCGGCGAGCGCUGGGGCAGGCAAAGGGCAGCUCCAGCGUCGACGGCUGGUCUGGGCCAGAGGUCCGCUACAUGCCGGCUGCAGUGGCAGACCUGUUUCGGAUGACUGCCAUCCACUGGCAGACAGCAGGGAAGGUGCCAGAAGUGCUGAAGGAGACGCGGCAGGCGAACCUCCCGAAGCCGGGCAAGGUGCAGGCUGGCCGGCUGGAGGCUGGCGACGCGCGGCCGAUCAACGUGGAGUGCGUGUGGUGGCGCGUCUGGGCUUCGGCAUGGGUCAAGUCAGCCCCAGCCGCAGAAUGGAGGAGACACAACAUCCCCGAAGAUGUGCUGGGUGGCGCCGGCUCCAAAGGCGCGGAGGAAGCAGCAGCGGACAUCGCGGACAACCUCGCCCAGCAGGGGUCCACCAUCUAUAUGGACCACAGGACGUGGUCCGCGACGACCGCCGUGGAGGUGGUGGGACGGGUGGCCAUCUGGCACCGCUGGAGCGCGCGAGCGGGACUCCGCGAGAACCCGCGGAAGAUCCAGCUCGUUGCUCGCGGGCGCGCGGAGGAGGCGGCGCUGCGGGCGCAGGCAGACAGGCAGGGGCUGGGGGACAAGGUGGUCCCGGCGAUGGAGGCCCUCGGCGUCGUCACGGUGGGGGCGCAGGGCAGAGUCAUGCACGUGAAGGAUCAGGAGGAGCGCAGGCGGAUGCCCCAUGGGGGCGGCACCCUUGCGGCGGAUGUGGUGAUCGGGUGCCGGCAGGUGGCCACGAUGCGGCGACGGCUGCGGAGGCGAGACGAUUCCCGCUGGUACACGAGUUGGUACCGCAAGCGAGGCACCUUGGUGGCGGAGGUGCGCUGCUGGCUGCGGAACAUGGGCUGGCAGGAGGAGGCGAGCGCCUGGAACUGGUACCACCCGGGCACGGGGAUGGAGCUGGACCUGCAGGAGCGUCCAGCUUGGGAAGAGGUGGAGAAGGAUGUGCACGCCAGGCAGAUGCACCAGGUGCGCGAGGGCUGGCGCUGGUGGAACUGGCAGCAAUUCAAGCGCCAGAGGAGGAGGGAUGUGGCCCCGCUGCAGGGCGUCGAAUACGAUGAGGCCCGCGUGAAGCUAGCCAGAGAGGCAGCGAGAGACGGAGCGGGGAUGAGGAUGCACGUGAUGUGCGGGUCCUUCCUGUCGCCGCUGGCGGCGAAAGCAGCGGGAGGAGGGAAGUUUGACGAAGCAUGCCACUGCGUGUGGCCUGGCUGCUACACAGACUUGCCAGACCAGGACCACAUCAUGUGGGGCGACGCCCGGCGCUUCCAGGGCCGCGCGCACCGCGCCGUCGCCGUCAGGGAUCACCUACAGUUCGCGCAGGGCGCCUAUGACGCCGCCGUGGAGGAGAACGUGGCCGAGGGCAUCUUGCCGGAGGUCCCUGAGCUCGAGAGCAAGGCCGAGAUGAACUUGAGCAUGGGCCGCGCGGCGGAGCCCUGCGACUCCGAGGCGCCCAGCGGCGGGCCCUGA